CGAACCCCCUCCCCCUUCCCAGCUGUCCUUUAACCGCGGCAGAUGCGAUCUGACAGGAGACAGUUAACUUGCGCUGGAUGGGCGGCGCUGUCUAUGGAGAUUACUUUUUCCUCCACGUCUAAUUGCUAUAUUAUUUCAAACGGGACCGCUUUUAAGAAGGACAAUCGGAUCCCCCUGAACGGUUGCCGAACUUCGAACUAAAGCAAGACAUGGAUCAUGCUAACGCGAGAAAGGCUGGCCGUAGGAAAACUUUCCUCUUUACAUCGGAAUCAGUCGGGGAAGGACAUUCCGAUAAGAUGUGUGACCAGAUUAGUGAUGCUGUCUUAGAUGCUUAUAUUUCUUUGGACCCAGACUCCAAGGUUGCUUGUGAGUGUGUGGCCAAGACUGGAAUGAUCUUGUUGUGUGGGGAGGUCACUUCAAAAGCAAAAGUGGAUUUACAGAGAGUUGUUAGAGAAACCAUCCAGAAGAUUGGUUAUGAUAAUUCUUCCAAAGGCUUUGACUACAAAACCUGCAGUGUACUAGUAGCUCUGGAGCCACAGUGUCCAGAAAUCACGGACUGUGUAUUUGAAGGAAGACAUGAUGAUGAUAUUGGUGCAGGGGACCAGGGCCUAAUGUUUGGUUAUGCCACUGACGAAACUGAAGAGUGCAUGCCGUUAACCAUACUCUUGGCGCACAAGCUGAAUGCAAAGAUGAAGGAGCUUUCCGGCAAUGGAGUAUGUCCGUGGAUUAUGCCAGAUUCAAAAACUCAGGUGACUGUGGAAUAUCAGGACAAUGAAGGGGCAAUGAAGCCAAUCCGCAUACACACGGUUGUCAUAUCAGUUCAGCAUGAAGCUAGUAAACCUCUGCAGGAGAUGAAGGAGGAGCUGAAAGAAAAAGUCAUUAAAACUGUGAUUCCUGCCAAAUAUCUCGAUGAAACUACUGUCUACCACCUUCUGCCAAGUGGAAAGUUCAUACAUGGCGGCCCACAGGGUGACGCUGGUCUUACAGGCAGGAAGAUUAUUGUUGAUACAUAUGGCGGAUGGGGUGGCCAUGGUGGAGGAGCAUUUUCAGGGAAAGACUGUUCCAAAGUUGACCGUUCUGGGGCAUAUGCAGCUCGCUGGGUGGCCAAAUCGCUGGUGAAAGCUGGUCUCUGCAAACGCAUACUAAUCCAGCUCUCAUAUGCUAUCGGUAUAAGCCAGCCUCUCUCAGUCUCCAUCUUUCAUUAUGGAACUUCAAGCAAGGAUGAAGAUGAACUUUUAGAAAUAGUAAAGAAAAACUUUGAUCUUCGACCUGGAGCAAUUAUACGGGAUUUAAAUCUGAAAAGACCCAUUUAUCAAAAGACUGCAUGUUAUGGACACUUUGGUCGAGAUGAAUUUCCCUGGGAAAAACCUAAACCCUUGGAGUGGUAGACUAUAAACUGACACCAUAGUUUUGUACAUUUACAAGGCUAUCCAAGACUGUUUUAUAGUACUGUACAUUCUACUUUGGGCACUUCUUAAUGUAAAGUAAUAAAUAGCUUUUAUUGUUAACAAAA